AGCUGUGUGUGUAAGGAGUGAGACAUCAGUCUCUAGACAUCUCUUCCGUUCAUACCUUGCAAAACCUGCAACAUCUGCAUCAUGAGGACUAUUGUGAUGUUGGCUCUGCUUGCUGUGGCGGCGGCUGACAAACGACCACUCACAACCUAUGGAGCACCAGGCCCAGCACCUAGUCAUGGUCACCAGGGACCUCAGAUCGCUAUCAUCCGCGACGAUCGAGUACACCCUGAUGCCCAGGGCCUUUACUCCUUGAACUUGGAGACCGAGGACGGUAUUGUGAGGCAGGAGUCUGGAGGCCCCGGCGGUAGUCAACAGGGCUCUGUCAGCUUCACUUUCCCUGAUGGACAAGUAUUUGAUCUUAAGUUCGUCGCCGACGCCGCCGGCUACCAGCCCCAAUCCUCCUUCUUGCCAGUGGCUCCUGAGUUCCCCCAUCCAAUCCCUCAGUUCGUACUGGACCAGAUCGCAUUUGCCGCUCAGGAAGACGCUGCCCGAGCACGUGGUGAAGUCAGGAGUCCAUCCCCCAGCUACGGCGCUCCCUCAAAAUAAUAUCAGUAAAAUAGGAACUGCCAUUGUUGGAAGAGCUGUUUUUCUUUUUUCUUAAUGGUAUUAACACUCCGAUUCUGGUUAUCACCAUUAGUAAGCAAUGCACCCUCUCCUCCAUGCUGUUGUGUCAUUUGCCCGUUGAGUGUGUGUCGUGUGGAAUGACUGUACAUAUAUUUUGUCCUAAUUUAUUAUUGUUAACACAAUAUGUGUUUCA